AUGCCCCGGGCGGUUGGCACCUUGGAGUGGCGGUCCCGAGCCAACGCCGCUGCCGGACCUAGCAUCGAGGCUCGGCCUGCCGAGGAGGAGGUUCGGAUGGCGGUCGUGGUCCCCCCUCUCGCUCCUCCUGCCCCAUCCUCCCCUUCGGCCCCUUCCCCAGCGCCCAGAGAAGCAACACCAUCCCCCCUUUCUGCUCCUCCUCCUGCCCCUCCAGCUCCCUCCCAAGAACUUGUACUGGCAUACUUUUGCCUCUUUCCAGUCCCUCCCUCUCCACUUCCCCAUUCACCUUUCCCCCCCACGCCACUCACACCUCCUCCCCCUCCCCUUCCCCUCCCCAAGCCUCCUCCCCUUCCGCCACCUCCCCUUUUUCCCCCUCUCGUCCGCAUGCGCUCCCCAUGGUGUAGCUCCCCUUCCCCCUGCGCACCCCCCUCCUCGUCCCCCCAAUCCCCCCACUCCCCCUCCUCCCCCUCGCGCGGCACCGGCUUCCUUCUUCCAACCCCAUCUUUCCAUGACGUGGCGGCGGCAGUUGCUGACGUGCCGAUGGAUGCUGGUGACGUGGACGACGACGACGCCGCGCUGGACGGUUCCGGAGGGAAUGACAUCGUGACAUGUGGCAGUGACAGCUCAACGAACUGA